AUGGGUACUGGUAACAAGGUCUUCAACGUUGCAGUGUUCUUCGUCGUAUUCAGAGAAUGUUUGGAAGCUGUGGUUAUUGUCUCGGUUCUUCUGUCAUUUCUGAAACAAUCCAUUGGUGCACAAGAUAUGAAAACCUACAAGAAACUGAGGUUACAAGUAUGGGUUGGUGUUGCCGCAGGUCUUUUUAUUUGUUUAGCUAUCGGUGGUGGUUUCAUUGGUGCUUACUACGCUUUGGAUAAUGAUAUUUUUGGUAAUGCUGAAGAUUUGUGGGAAGGUAUUUUCUGUAUGAUUGCCACGGUUAUGAUUUCUGUCAUGGGUAUUGCCAUGUUGCGGAUUAAUAAAAUGCAAGCAAAGUGGAGAGUUAAAAUUGCACGUGCCUUGCUAGAAAUUCCAGAACGUAAACGUGACCGUUUUAAGAUCGGUGCGCUAUCGCGUCGUUAUUCCAUGUUUUUACUUCCUUUUAUUACCGUGUUGAGAGAAGGUCUAGAAGCUGUGGUGUUUGUGGCUGGUGCUGGUAUUACGACUCAAGGUUCAAGCGCUUCCGCCUAUCCAUUGCCCGUGGUUGUCGGUUUGAUUGCUGGUACAACCGUUGGUGUGCUAUUGUAUUACGGUACUUCUAAGUCAUCUUUGCAAAUCUUUUUGGUUGUCUCAACAUGUAUCUUGUAUUUGAUUGCUGCUGGUCUAUUUUCCCGUGGUGCUUGGUACUUUGAAAACUACCGUUUCAACAAGGCUACUGGUGGUGACGCUUCUGAAUCUGGUGACGGUAAUGGUUCUUAUAACAUUAAAAAGGCUGUUUACCACGUCAACUGCUGUAACCCAGAAUUGGACAACGGUUGGGAUAUUUUCAACGCGCUAUUGGGAUGGCAAAACACUGGUUAUUUGUCCUCGAUGCUAUGUUACAACAUCUACUGGUUGACUUUAAUGAUUGUAUUGUUCCUAAUGAUGUUCGAAGAAAAACGUGGCCACCUACCCUUCUGCAAGAACUUGAAACUGAGACAAUUGAACCCAGGGUACUGGAUCAAGAACAAGAAGAAGAACGAGAUCUCCGAACGUGAGAAGUCUCGUUUGUUCGAACAAGUUGAACACCUCAACUUCAACUCAGAGGGUGUUUUGAAUCAUAAGAACGGAGUUGCAGUUGCGGUCGAAAACGGCGAAAUUGAGGAAGACACUACCGAAGAGGCGAAGGCGAAAAACGUUCAAGCUUCUGUCACUCCGCUGUCUUCUGACAUAGAGACAUCUGCGCGUUAA